CUUGUUAUAUUUUUUUAAAUGUGACUAUAACACCGAUAGUCACAACACUAUAAUCCUUCGUAAUAUUUGAUGCGGUACAUGCGAUAUAUAUCAGGAUGUACAGUUACUAGUCUGUUGAAACAUGAUGGACGCGCUUUCAGUCGUUAAUCAACUGCGGGAUUUGGCGUCUGAGCCGCAGAACAGGGAGUCCAUAGUCCAGGACCAAGGCUGUCUUCCCGGCCUGGUUCUGUUUCUGGAUCACCAAGAUUCCCACGUACUGCUAUCUACGCUACAGACUCUUCGUUACCUUGCCGAGUCCCCCAUUAACAGGGAUAAAAUGAAGAAUGAACUGGGCAUGAUGGUGAGCCUGGAAAACCUAAUGCAACGUAGUCGUGGACAGAAUGAGGUGUGUGAUUUAGCCAGAGAAGUCUUUGGCUUGUUGAGUAAACCUCUCCAUACUGGGACUCUCCAAACCCCUGAGCAGCCAAAAAGAGUCAAGUCACAGUUCUUCAUCAACAGCACCAAUAAAAAGGCCAAAUCCGUCACCCUUCACAUACAGGGCCUGGACAGUGUGGUCCAUCGCGGCCUCUGUGAAGAAGCUCUGCUCAAGGUCAAAGGGGUCAUCAGCUUUACCUUCCAAAUGGCGCUGAAGAGGUGCACCGUACGCAUCCGGUCCGACCUGCCUGCCGAGUGUCUAGCCUCCGCCAUCGCCACCACCAAGGUGCUGACAGCCCAGCAGGUUGUGAAAAAUGACGCAGGGGAAGAGGUCAUGGUCCCGCUCGGCACCACAGCCGCGGCUGUGCAGGAGAACGUCCACCUGCCGGAUUACCUGCCCGAGGACGAGAGCCCGGAGCGCAACACGGACAGAGCGAUAUCCCGGAUGGGCGCCAAGGCUGAUCCCGGCGGCAGCUGGCUUAACGCUGCUGCUACGUUCCUCACCAGGACAUUCUACUGGUGAAGCUCAUCUUGCCGUUUGUUUGUUUUUUCCUGUCUUCCCUGUACAUAUAUUUUAAUGUCUAUGCGUGUUCUGUCUUGAACAUUUGAUCUUCACUUCAGACUUUCAAUUCAAGCUUCUUUGAAAGUCAAAUAAAAGGAGUCUUAUUUUCCCCCCAGAUUCCUUAAAGGCAUUUCUGCCACAAUGCUGUUGAACUCUCGAAUCUGAUUGGUCAGAAGGGUGUUCAUUAAUUGUGCAUAGCUGCACAUGUAGUGCUAGAGGGGUGAAUCGCAGUAGUAAGUCAAUUCUGUAAUUAUAAUGCUACUUAAUAUUCCAAAUGUUGAACAGUUUAACGUUAACAGAAAUGGCAAUUUCAAAUUAACGACUGGUCUUGGCAACAUAAUUUUUGAAUUGACGACAGUGGCUUGGGUUGUAUCUAAGCAAAAUGUUUGUUGCCAGAAGAAAGUGGUUCUAAUAAAUCAAUCUUGGCUCAAAAA